AGCAGCAUGCACUCCUUCUUGGUAACCCCGAGGAUACAGAUACUACAGAAGAGCUAAGCAAACGACAGAAAGUGAUCCUUAGUGACAGUGAAAAGCACUUAGUAGAAUAGAGACUCUCUCUGGCCAAUCUGUGUCAAUUUAGCAGGUGCAUCCUGCGGAAAAAAUAAUGCACUAAAACUAAAACAAAAAAAUAAUUCUCCAACAUAUUUUUUACAAGGCGGAGUGAGAGUGUUGCAUAGUGAACUAGAGUAAAGAUAACACACUGACACUAUUGUUUUCCGAGUGCCCUAUUCAAAUUCGUGUAUUUCUGUUUAUACAAAGGCAGCAAAGGCAACGCUGAGAAUUUUUUUCUCACAAUAAUCCUCCACUGAGCGGUUAAUUCAAGUGCAUCUUCAUACGGAUCCACUUAAAUCUUGCUACUUGUCAGUCCUGUUGAGCCUGUCGGGUGAAUAGCGACAAAAACAUCCAUGAAAAGUACAUCGUCAGUGAAUAGAUUUAUGACGAGGAAAUUCUAUGAAUAAAUUUGAGAAUCCGCAAGAUUUGUCGGAUUCGGGGCGCCGUCCGAGCAACUAGCUGCAAGAGGAUUCAUCGUAACGCCUCUCAUUGCGCUGCACAUACCGUGGUGCGUAGGUGCUUCCGUUAAAGGGCAAACAAAAAAAGCGGGAGGAGCUGCAAUAAAUUUAUCGCCGACGCUCAAGUGCAACGUGAUAAAAAAUACUGACAAAUUUAGUGAUCCAUUGUGAAAGCUAUGGAGGUUAUCAAAAUGUCGGCUUGCAAGUUGCUAUUUGUGAUGAUGCUAUACGGUAUUCUGCUUUGCUAUCAUACCUCAAAUGCCGGUCCGGCACGCCAGUUGGCCAGUUUGGCAGCACGAGCAUCCAAAAUUCCCCGGUCAAUCAGGGCACCGUUUCGCAAUUCGGAAAUGAUGACGGCCAGAGGAUUUGGCAAGAGGCGGGUCCCAAUUGGAGCGAACGUAGGCAGCGGAACCAGUGGAGCAACCGAUGACACGCCCUGGGGAUACGACAAGCGAGAAACGCGAAAAUUUUUCGAGCAGCUUGGUGGGGAUAAUGGAGAUCCGGUGGCAGCAACGAUUGGAGAACAGGAAAGUUUUUCACUGGAUUGGUUUGCCAACGAGAUGUCCACGAAUCCGACCCUAGCCCGGACAAUUUUGCAGCGCUUCGUCGACACCAACAAGGAUGGACUGCUUACCACGAAUGAGUUAAUCACUUCCAGUGGAAGCGAUGGUAACGAACUGUUUUAAUCUUCUUCGCUUUAAGUGUUGUGCAUUUUCACCAACCCACUGGCGUGUAGCUGUUACUGGAUAGUUGUUCCCCAUGAAGACCCCGGAAUUCUUUCAGAAUGAUUGGAUGUACUGCUUCCGAAUGCUGAAACUCAGAAGAAUGUUGUUGUAAUAUAUUGUAAGCAGGCCUGAAUGUUAACUGCUGAGCCUUGAAGUGCUGAUUUGUUGAUAAAAUUAAUGUUAUAGUUAUUAGGAGCUAGCAGCUUUAGCGUUUAUUAGUGAUUGGAUAUACUUUAUAGUAUACACAUAUUUUAUUUACAGUUGAGUUCUUAAAUCAUUGUGCAAAAUAAUGAUAGUGAUUUCAUCUGUAUAUAAAAUAUUGUCUAUUCUUGUUAUCCGGAGAGCAAACGAGAAAGACAUCUUUAAAAUAGCAGAUUAAGGCUGGAUAUCGUGCUAUUUCUAAGAUGUCGGCAGAAUCGAGCGGAUUUAUCAAGGAAUCAUAUGAGACAUACUAUAGUACAGAACGAAACGAAUCAUUCAAGUACAAGUAUAAAACCAGUAAACAAUGUACGAUGCACGUAAUGUUAACGCAAUCACAGCAACAGAGAGAACGCUACCUUAACAGAUAUAUCGGAUCAAGUACUGUAAUAUAAUUGAGCAAAAAAAAUAAAGUUAUAUCAUGCAAGGAAAACUAACAAAACGCAAUUGAAAAUAAAACCUUAAAACUUAUAAAAA